AUAAGGCCCCAGGUAACCAAUUUUGGUAUCGAUGAAUUGUUAAAUGUUGUUUUCGUAUAUUUCACGUCUAACUUAACCUAUUAAUUUUAAUUCGUCACUGACUCCAAUAAUACUGGUUGUAUUAUAGGUAAAGUUAAAUAAUUUUUUAGUUUUUUGUUUUUCCUUUUUUGUGUUAGUAAGAAAUAGACUGUCGAUUGCACAGUAGUGUUGCGCACGCAGUAUAUUUGUCGUGCUCGGGUCUUAUGAGAAGUGUAUUUUUUCAAACAAAAAAGAAAGAAAAGGAACAUAAAAAAUCAUGUUGAAUUGCGCAUCUCCUCUUUUGUUGAAUCAAUUAACAAAACAAAGCCACCCACCGCGUCUGUCUAUCUAAAAGCGACAAAUUCAAAAACUACCGAACAGAUAUCGAUGAAAUUUGAACUGGAGAUACUUUGAGAUCCUAGAUAAGACGUAGAGUACUUUUAACCCGGAAAAUAUACAGCACAAUUUUCAUCCCGGAAAAACUUACACACACAUGGGUGAAACCGCGAGUAAAUUGGUAUGAAGAUAUUUUAAGACCUUGGUGAGUCAUAAACAAUAUAUGGUCGAAUUGUUCCUCUUUUAUAGUCCACAUUUUUCUGUAGACUAGUUCACGAUUGUGUCUUUUAGGGACAGCUUACUAUGCCCAUUUUAAUGUUCAAAAAAUGCUUCCAUAAAAUGUAAUAUUUUGAUAUCUAUCUAGACGGAUAUGAUAUUAAUGCUUAUCAAAUUAAGUAUGUUAAUUAUCUUAAUUUCCUGUACAUUACAAUUUUCGUUCACAUCAUCCAAUUUAAACGAUUUCCUUAAAAUUUUGCGCGUUAAAAAAAAUCAAGCGGCCUCACAUCGACCAGCCGAGCGGUCGUUCACUGUUGCUAUAUAAGCCGGGCGAUGUAGUGCACUGAGGCAAAUAUUACGACCGGAAAAAAUCAAACAGGAUAUUUAUAAGACGAUAUCUGGUUGACCUUCUCACAUCAAGUUUAACGUUUGAAGAAGACAUCUGGUGAAUCUGUUAAGAUGGUUAUUAACAAAGAGGCAGAGGAACAAUCAGUAGCGGACUUUUACGAUGGGAAAUCUAUUUUUAUUACUGGUGGCACCGGAUUUCUUGGAAAAGUUUUAAUUGCUAGGUUGUUAUUGGACUGCCCAAAAAUAAAAAAUAUAUAUUUGAUGGCCCGAGGGAAAAGAGGUGUUUCUGUAGAGAAAAGGAUUAUCGAGCUACGAGAUAAUUUCGUUUUUUCAAAACUGAAAAUAGAAAACCCAGAGGCUUUAAAGAAAAUAGUGCCAAUAGUUGGUGACAUCACAACUCCUGGUCUAGGAAUAUCAGCUGAUGAUGAAAAUGAACUGAUCGAAAAGGUGUCCAUUGUGUUCCACGUAGCUGCCACUGUCAAAUUCAAUCUACCAUUACGCGAAGCCCUCAAGAACAACGUGGAAGGAACAAUGCAAGUGCUAAGCCUAUGUAAACGUAUGAAAAAUAUUCAGAUGCUGGUGCACGUGUCGACGGCGUAUGCGCAUUGUUUGAAAGAUGUCAUAGAAGAGAAAUUGUACCCCCCACCCAUGGACCUCACAGAUCUCUACCUACAAUUAAAGCGAGCCGACGAUAAGGACAUUACUAAGAUUAUAGGUAGCUGGCCCAACACUUACACUUUCACGAAGUCUUUGGCUGAACACUAUCUUGCAAAAAAUCAUGGAAAUAUUCCUGUGACCAUCGUGAGACCCUCCAUUGUUGCGCCAAUAGAAGAAGGUCCUUUAGAAGGCUGGUUGGACAACUGGUACGGAGCCACUGGAAUUCUGGCCGCUAUAGACAAAGGCUUUCUCCGGAUCCUGAUGGGAUCCAACCAGAAUUUAGUAGACUUGAUACCGGUGGACUACGUCGCUAAUCUGUCUAUAAUAGUUGCAGCUAAGGAAAGCCACCAGGAUGUAGCUGUCUACAAUUCCUGCAGCAGCUCUAGUAACCCUUUGACUUUGAGACAGCUCAUAGACUUCUUUAUUAGCAAGCCUGAUGAAAAACGUGAUUAUAUAUUUCUGUCCAAUAAAGUGAACUUUAUUACCAAAUACAAGUGGAUCGUGAUGUUGCUAUCAUUUGUUAUGUCGAUAAUACCGGCUCAUAUAGCUGAUGUAUUACGUAGAUUCCAAGGGAAGCGGCCAAGAUACGUCAAUAUCGUCUCACGUAUAUUGACCAACAGAGAAUCUCUGGAUUUCUUCACAUCGCACUCAUGGGUGUUCAAGAAUGAUGAAACCAGGUCCUUGUUCUCCUCCUUGAGUCCUCAGGAUCAACAGACAUUUCCAUGUGACCCAACAACCAUCAGUUGGCCUCAAUACAUGGCCAAAUAUAAAGAUGGGGUACGACGGUUUCUAGACUCCAAAAUUAAUUAUUUAGAUUGAUCUAAGUGAUAGUUAAGUUUAUAUGAAAUGAUGAUAAUAGACAGAUGAGGUGAUAGAUAUGGAUUGUUUAUUCUUACCGCCAAACUUCAGUGUUAGCACUUUUGUGUUUCGAUAUAAACAGUUAUGACAAAUAUAUGUAAACAUUAGUGGCAAAGGGUAAUUUUUUACGAAAGCUUACCUGACGCAACAUAUAGGUACUAUACAUAAACGUAGUCUGCAAAUCGUUCUAAUAAUAAUUGGAUAUUUCAUAGAUUACGAAAAGAAAGCCGGCAGGAAUCGGGUGGACCUCAGUUUUGUAAUAGGUAUAAUUUUUUUGUACGUGCUGUCAUCUUUUAUUUGGAGUGACUAGCAUGCAAAAAGAUAGAUCAAAUACGGACCAUCAAACCCGAAAAACUGUUUUAAGCUACGUUUGUCUGUACGUUUCGGCUAUUCUCCUAAAGAUUUGUAAAGUUUUUAUAAUUUGUGUGAUUAAAUUAUUAUAAAUAUAAA